AUGAGCUCGGAAAAGGCCUCUGCAGAGACCUUCGAGUACAUCAAGACUCCGGAGGCUCCUCCUCCUCCUCCUGCUGGAUCUGAGUUCGGUGUCAGGACUACCGGCUACCCAUCCAUCAAAAAUGCCCCUCUUCCAGCUGAAGGUCCCGGCAGCGGGACCUUCAAUAACCUUCUCCUUAUUGGCUCCAUAGUCGUUGUACCAUGGUGGCUAAAAUACAAGGUCGGUGGAGGAUUCUUCACCUACCUCUUCUUCCUCGCCAUUACUUCUGUUCCAAUCCUCGUUAGUUUCUGGUACGUUCUCUCCCGUAUAGGAGCUCGUAUCAAUGAGAAGGCCAAACUCCCUGGCAAGGGAGUUGAACACUACCUCAAGUUCAAGAACCCAGAAGAUGCCAAGAAGUAUUCCGGACAGAACAAGAUCCCAAUGGAGACUUUCCAUGAAAUGUACUUCGAGGGCAAGGUUGAAUUCAAGAUGGAUUGUUUGGAAGCUAUGGAAUUGAGACACGAUUGGGCUUCUUGGGGUUUCACCUUCAGCCUUUUCAGGUUCUUCUUGUUGGGUUUCAUUCCUGAGAUUUUGGUCCACAGCCGUUCGCAAGAUGAGGAACAAGUCCGUGAUCACUACGACCGAGGUGACGACUUCUACGCCUGGUUCCUUGGUCCACGUAUGAUCUACACCUCCGGCAUCAUCAGCGACAUCAACAAGGCCGAAUCCCUCGAGGAAAUCCAAGACAACAAGCUCAAGGUCGUCUGCGAAAAGGUUGGCGUCAAGCCCGGUGAUCGCAUGCUCGAUAUCGGCUGCGGUUGGGGUACUCUUGCCAAAUUCGCUUCCGUCAACUAUGGUGCUCAUGUUACUGGUAUCACUCUUGGUCGCAACCAAACCAAGUGGGGUAACGAUGGUCUUCGACGUGCUGGUAUCUCUGAGGAACAAAGCAAAAUCUUGUGCAUGGAUUACCGUGAUAUUCCUGUCCCAGAAGGUGGAUAUAAGGUCAUCACUUGUCUUGAAAUGGCUGAGCACGUCGGUGUCAAGUACUUCACAAGCUUCUUGCGACAGGUUUAUGGCAUGCUUGACGAUGAUGGUUGUUUCUUGCUCCAAAUCGCUGGUUUGAGAAAGUCUUGGCAAUUCGAGGAUCUCAUCUGGGGUCUCUUCAUGAACAAGUAUAUCUUCCCAGGUGCCGAUGCUUCUACUCCUCUUGGUUUCUUCGUUAGCAGCUUGGAAAGCGCUGGUUUCGAGGUCUGGCACAUUGAUACCCACGGUGUCCACUACUCCACCACUCUUUGGUACUGGUACCGAAACUGGAUGGCCAACGCCGAGAAGGUCAAGGCCAAGUACGGUGAGCGAUGGUUCAAGAUCUGGGAGUACUUCCUUGCCUACUCCAUCAUCAUUUCCCGACAGGGUAGUGCUACCGUUUACCAAAUCACCCUCCACAAGAACUUGAACGCCUACCACCGUGUUGAGGAUAUUCCACGACACCACGGAUUCCAGGGUGCUUUGGUUGCCCCAGAUAACAUCUGCCCAACCUGGUCGACCACUGGCCGUCAGUAA